UUGUUGAACUAUUUUUGCAAUGGCAGCUUGACAUGUGUCCGUUCCUGAAAGGCCACAAGUUGAUCCAAGUCAAGUUUUCCUCUCCUGGAGAAAAGUUGUGAAUUUGGUCUCAUUUACGCAAUUUAACAUUCAUUAAAGGCCACCUCAUCAUCAAUGAGACGUGCUACAGUGUGCUACCCUGACCCAGGCAGAGAGUAUAAAAUGCUCCCUAAGUGUGAGGACAUUUAGAGGAUUCGAAUGCCUGUUGUCACUAUGGAAGGAAGACAGCUGAGCAGUAUAGCCAAAUUCCAUUUUGUGCUCAUCUUCUGGAUAUCUGCAAUGCAUCUCUGGUAUCGGCCUGGGCUGACUCUGUCCUCUGGGAAAACGGACCACUGUCUCAUCCUGCUCAACAGUUGCUUGGUUGAAGUUGACCGAAGCGAGGAGCUCGCCUUUCUCAAGCCUCUAUUGGAGAAGUCUUUUAAAAAAAGGUCCUUCCGGAAUGGCGUUGGAUCGGGAUUUAAAAAAAAUUCCUUCAGAAGGGCAAAAUCCUAACAAAGUGUUCUCACACAGGCCCAUUUCACACACUGGAAGAAUUAUUUUAUGGAUGAACUGAAAGUGGACCUAUUCUGCGUAAUUUGAAGAUGCUACUUUUAAUACUACAGUAGAAGUAAAACACUGGAUUGUAAUGUAAA